AAAAGGCGUCAAGGUUGCUGUCAUUGACUCGGGAGUGGACUAUCGACAUCCCGCAUUCGGUGGUGGAUUUGGGCCCGGGUUCAAAGUCUCUGGAGGAUAUGACCUGGUAGGCGAAGGUAGUCGGAAACCCAUUCAUAUUAGCAGGGUCAAAAUGUCAAUGAGAGCUGAUGUCUAUUCCAGAGUAUGAUGGGUCUAAUGAUAAGAUUCCCGACGGAGACCCUCUGGAUUUUCUUGGGCAUGGAAGUCAUGUGGCCGGUAUUAUUGCCGGCAAAAGUGAAUUUUAUACUGGCGUCGCCCCAGAGGCUGAGAUCCUUGCUUUCAAAGUAUUUGGUGCUUUCGAAGGUACAGAUGAAGCCACAUUGAUUGAAGCGACUAUCAUGGCGUACGAGUCCGGUGCCGAUAUCAUCACCGCAAGCAUCGGACGUGCCAAUGGCUUCUCCGACGGGCCUUGGGCUACAGUGGCUUCCAGAAUCGUGGAACAAGGCGUCAUAGUUACCAUUGCGGCCGGUAACGAUGGGGAGGAGGGCCCUUUUUAUGCAAGUAGUGGAUCGUCUGGGAAAGAGGUUUUGGCUGUCGCUUCUGUUGACACCAGUCGAGUUCCCGCCAAGCCAUGGCAUGCAACAUUCAAGCUCGACGGCGUUACCAACACCACUCAGCUUGCAUACAUACCUCCAGUCAACAGAGACCUAUGGAACGUUACCGGUCUAUCGAUUUUACCAUUGGCGUUCGACACAACCAAUCCAGCGGAGGCAUGUAGCCCACUGCCGGACACAACACCGGACCUGUCAAACGUAAUUGUGCUUAUCCGAAGAGGAACAUGCACGCCUUAUGUGAAACAGGCCAACGUUGAAAGACACGGAGCUCGAUACAUCCUCUUCUACAACGACGAUUAUCGUCCGUAUGAAAUUGUUGCGAACUCGGCUUACAAAUCCCAGAUCGCGCUCAUCGACGCCAAAGCUGGCGCGGCGAUCAUCGAAACAGUGAAAGCAGGAGGAACAGUCACUGCUGAUUUCACCGUACCGCUGGAGAGCAAUUGGGCUGUUGGCUUUUUUAACGCUGCCGGUGGCAUACCCUCGUAUUACACCAGCUGGGGCGGGACGUAUGAGUUAGAGAUCAAGCCGGACAUUGCCGCACCUGGCGCCAACAUAUACAGCACUUAUCUGGAUGGCACGUACAAAGUUCUUAGUGGGACUUCCAUGGCAACGCCUUAUGUUGCUGGUGUAGCAGCUCUCUACAUCUGCAAACAUGGAGGCCGCUCUGUACACGGAAAAGACUUUGCCAAGAACCUCUCAAGACGCAUCAUUUCUAGUGGAGACAGCCUUCCAUGGCAGACUUUGGAGCCUCAGGGCCUUCCCACGGACUUUGGGUUUAUUGCGCCAGUUGCGCAAGUAGGGAGUGGACUUAUCAACGCAACAAAGCUCCUGGAGUUCAAGACAUCCCUGUCAUUCGAGAAGUUUGCACUCAACGAUACAGGAUCAUUCAAUCAACACCACAGGAUCGAGAUCACGAACAGUGGGGACGAAACAGUGAUCUAUAACUUCACUCUGGAACCUGCAGGAGGUUUCCUCGCUCAGGGAAGAACUUCUGGGCGUCUCGGCGAUAUUCUAGACGUGAAGCCAAUGAGCCUCGUGCCCACUGUCAUCUUUCCAUCGGGUGUUUUCCAAGUCCACCCUGGUGAAACGAAGCAGGCUGAGUUCAACUUUGAGGCACCAAAAACUGGUGAUGAAACAAAGUUGCCAAUCUACAGUGGCAAGAUUCUGAUCACAGGAAGCAACGGCGAAGACGUUGCCGUCCCUUACAUGGGUAUGGCUUGUGAUUUAAAGACGCAGAUGAGAAGCAAAAUGUUCCCACCCAACUACCCCUUACAGAGAUCGGGUCUGGGCGGGGAGGGCAUUGAUUCGUAUCAUACGUAUGCUUUUAACACAAGUCGCGCUGCGCAAGAUUUCCCGAAAAUUUACGCGCAAUUCAAAUGGGGAACGAAGGAGCUGCGUUGGGAUAUCUUCAACGUAGGUUAUCAAGAGACGGAUUGGGUUUAUCCUCCUGUCGAGGGGGAAAAUAAUUACGUUGGAGCUGUCACAUCCUCUACAUACGCCGCCAGCUCCCUGAAUUUCGAUCCCGCGUCGAUGGACAAAGAAAAGGUUUCCUCUUUUCCAAUCCGAGGAAUCGAGCGCACGACGACGUGGAGUGAGUUGACUGAUCGAUUCUGGUGGCUGGGGAAGCUGGCCAAUGGAAGCUAUAUCGCCCCUGGCAACUAUACGAUGCGCUUUGCUGCACUUGUACCUUUGAGCAAUCCAGAAAAGUCUGACAGCUGGGAUAUUUGGAGAACUCCCAUGAUUACAAUUCUGCCUUACAAUCCCUGACGCGGGGUCACGGGGCAGGCACCCGAGGGUGCCUUGGAGAAUUGGAUCCUG